AUGCCUCAUUCCAUCACCAAUAACAACCAUCGCUACAACAACACUUUACUGUUUUAUAGCGAUGAAGACCAUCAAAAUCAUGGUUCUUUCCAGAAUCCCCCAAGACUGUUGUCAUCUCUCUUUUUAAGACACCAACAGCGUGUUUUCCACUCCAAACUCUCCAAAGAAUGUUUGUUUUUCCCUUCAUCCUCCAUCUCCUCCAAAACCCUCUUAACCCAUCCAAGUCAUUUCUGUCCCAUCCAGGUUAUCACUGUAUUGAUAUUUUCUUUGUCAAGAGACAUACGCAGCCCGCGUAACCGUACGUUCACAUCACAUGCAAGUCCCCAGGUGCCUCCCAGUGUUAUCCGCAGCCAGAGGCCUGGUAGCUUGAAAUCCCCAUCAUCAGAGUGGCUGAAAUUGAUGCGUUCAUGCCAAACGGUCGAACAAACUUCCGGAGGCAUUCUCAAGUCCUGCCCCUUUGACGUUAUGUCGGCUGAAGCCGCCGACAUGGACGCUGAUCCAUUCAUAUCCAGCUCAGCCACACCAUCUCGUUCCAGCGAUCACGUUGGGGAACUUGAUGAAACUGCUGUCCCAGCCACGGGCACAGUGACCACACUGGCGCCGGAUGUGAUAUCUUUUGGUCACUUUGGAGGCUAUGCACCAGAUAUAGAGAUUAGGGCAUUUGGUGCGAUUUACCUCCUGCAUCGUUUAAUUAUUAGACGCAGCCCUUACUUUUAUGCCAUGUUUGCUGCUGGAUGGGCGGAAACUUGGGGACGGGCCAUUACCAUUUUUCCCACAGAGAUGGAUGGAAACAUUACAAAGAUGGGAUUCGACGUUGCUCUAGGGUAUCUGUAUGGCCGCUCCGUCUGCUAUAUGGCCAGACUUGAUCCUGUCGGGGUAUUUGCGACCUGCCAGUGGCUGGGACUCCCCGAACCGAUUAAUUGGGCUGGCCAAUACAUGAUACGCCACUUAGAUGACUCUACAAUCCCUUAUGCCCUUUCCAUUUUCACUAGAUCUUAUUAUGGAGUAGAUGGAAAUCUGGUCCUGGAAUCUGCCAAGACUAUGCUUCGUUUACGUGGAACCGAAACGGAUGUCAUGCUAUGGACUCAAAUUCCUGCUGAGAUGGUAAGAGAAAUUGUUGGCGGUGAUGACUUUUACGUUAAGUCUGAGUUGAAGAGGUGGGAGUAUGCAGUGGCUAUUCUUGACCACUCUCUAGAAGUAACAGCCGCGAAACUACGAAUCCCCUUUUUGGACGAUAGUCGCACAGCCCCUGAUCACGUUAAGCGCGAAUUAGACGGCAUUUUUUCCGACCACCCUGUGGAAGUUGACACGUCUAAUGACUCAAACGCUGAUAGCCCAUUUUCGGAGGACAUACAUAACCAGUGGCUCAGUCUUUACAUGCACCCGGACGUUGUUCCAAUCCGACAAUUGAUAAUCGAAGAUAUUGGAUAUAUGCACAUUCCCUUUGCAAAUUUCCGCCGCAUUCAGUCGGAUUGCGACAUCUUCGGGGUGCACACUAUUCAGCCUGCUGUACUGACAUCGUCCAUUUUGCAGGCGUUAAGACUUGGCCACCUGGUGGAUAGGGCUGAAGGAGUCCGCCUCAAAAUGAACAGUGGUGAAGUGGUGUUUCUUAGUGAACUUCCCGCAGUCCAGCGGUCACAUAUUCAUCGCUUCCACUUGCAAUCUGGGCUGUCGCUAUACUCCCAACCCGGGGGAGAUAUGACAACCCGCGAAUAUCCUGUUGUGAGUGAGGAUAACGUUAUAGCAGCUUUGCCAGUUACUCGGAAAGUAACGGGGCUUAUUACCGAGGUGUGUAAGUAUGGAUGGCAAAAUGGAUACCUCAGCAAUCAAAUUGCUCUAGGAUGGGACGGCUACCAAUUUCCAGUCAUGGCUCCUUCUCCUAAAUAUAGCCCAUUCCCUCCAUUUAGGUUCUGCGCUAGUUUUCCUAACCCCAUCCAGCUCACUGAUAAACAACGGCUGUUCUCAACCCCUUUCUGGUAUGCGGGCGCCUCCUGGACCAUAUGUCUCUGGAAUAGCCUCAACGACAAAGAGAGAAAGAUAGGGAUCUACCUGCGACGCAUGUAUGACGCCCGUCCUGUCGUGCCUUCUUUUGACGCGUGGAGUGCGCAACUCAAUCCUCCUCACCCCGACUACCAUGAUCCGCUUACCCAUAUUUCCGGUCCUGACAACAUAUCUGCAAACGCUGUGCACGGUUCACAUGGGCGUCUCCGCCAAAAGAGGAGACCAGGCAGGAAUAUAGGCACGCUCCAAACCGUCAUGACCCAGUUCCCAAAUUCCCUCGUGAUAGCCCGCCGUGAAAAUGAUGUUGCUUAUGAACUCCCAUACACCGACUAUCGCCCAACUGCCACUGCGUAUUUCAAACUGUAUUCCAAUAUCGCCUGUUUAGGACCUCUCGCCUCCUUCCAGAGUAAGCCGGAGCUGUUUCGACUCGAUAAGUGCUGGGGGUGGGAUGUGCGCUUGGAACCCAACAUAGAUCCGCUGUGGAAUCUUUGUGGGAACCCACAGAGCGGGACGCAAUUGAAGAUUUGCUUGGUUAUUGGUAUUGUGUGA